AUGGCUCAGUCAAAGGGCAAGGAUACCUCCAUUGAGAAUUUCGGCACUAUCAAUAUCACCACGGCCACUAUCCGCCGGAUAGAGGAUUCGGCUCGGGCAGAUCAAGCAGGAAACAUAGGGACUGGGGAUGUGGCGGUCUAUGUUGAGCUAUCUCCCAACUGUGCUCAAUGGAUGGAUAUGGCAGAAAACGCCUUCGGGAAGAGUGAGCCAAACGAAGCAUUGACCCGAAUUACCCAUAACCUGCUCGUCUUCGCACACCACUAUGUCACCUUGCACCCUGACAACACUAAGGUCUUGAAGGUGAAUAACUUGAACUCAAAUGCCAAAGGACUAUAG